AUGUUAGAAAGUUACAGUAGUACUAUAUUGCACUAUAGUUGAACAAGUGCACUGGAAAGAAGAUUUAGUGUCUGUAUUAACUGUUUAUGAGGGACAUGUUUGGCGUGUUCCUCAUGCCUCAUACGGCGUUUUUGUGUGUAUUAAAGAGCACAAGACGGGCGCACAAUUUUAGGGCGCUUAUGGCCCCUUUGGUUUUCCACACACGCGCUUUGUUAACGCGUAUAUACGCACGUACAGCACGCAGUGACUCCGCGCGCCACGGACAAGCGACGCGACGCGCAGACCGCCGCAACGCUCCACUGCGUGUCGCGCGCGUGUGCGGCGCUGCGCGUCAGUACGCGCUGAUUGGUGGAGCAAGGAAGCACAUCCGUCAGCGUAUCCGGAAAUGUUGAGACGAGACCCAAGAAACUCUGGAGCAAAACCACACUAAAAACAGCGUAAAAGCCGAAUGGGGCAGUUUGAAGAUCAGUUGGCAGAAGAAGUGCGACGUUAUAAGCACUUAUACGACCCUUCUUCAAAACAUUACAAGCACAGUGACGUGAUGCUGAAGUCCUGGAAGGAAAUAGGCAAAACACUGGGCGAAGAUCCGGAGGUGUGCAUGAAGAAGUGGAAAGCAAUUCGAGAUAAAUUUGUGCGCUUGAAAAAAAAAUUCAAGACCAGAAAUGGGGACUCCGGGCCGGAUGAAGAGAAAGAACCGGAGUAUUGUAUGAGGUUGUCGUGGCUCAAUGGGUUUAUUAAACACCGAGACACGAAGAGCGACUUGGUGCCUAAGAGCGAGGUGGGAGAGUGGAGGCGGACUGCAGUCCAGCACGCGACCUGUAGCGACGACGACGAGGACUCCGCGUGCACGGAAGUGUCGUCAGUGAGCCAGCCAGUCAAGAAGAGGAAGCGCGCCUCCAGAGGGGAGGACAUUGUGGACAAAAUAUCAACUCUACGUCAGGAAAUGGUGAACUGUACGGCUCUGGUGUCCCAGCUGAGCGCCAUCACUGAAUCCCGACGGAGUAGCGACGAGUUUUUCACCUUUGCCCAGGCUGUAGCAGACUCUCUCCGGAAACUUCCUCCUGAGCGCGUGGAAGCUACCAAAGUCAAACUGUUUACUGUGCUUGGAGAAGCUCAUAAUGCAGCUGGACUUUAGGGAGGAAAUUAAAAAAAUAUAUAAAUACAUAUAUACACUCCUGGGCAAAAAAGAAAAAAGAAAGGGCCAAGCCCAAAAUGGCAAAUAUUAAGCUUUUAUUGGUCUUAACAACAAAUCAUUGGUCAAAAAAUGAGCAGGAAUUAAAGAAAUGCACUCCUGAGCCCUCCUCCACCAUUUACUCUUUUACUUUCACUGCAGUGAACUGUUGGGGUUAAAACUAGAUACAGGAAAAUUCACUUAUAUAGCCUUGUACACAAAGGUAAAAUCAUGAAAAUUCAAACUAGCACAUGUCUGGGUGUAGAAUAUUUUCCAAAAAAUAUCUUCUGGGAUUUUAUUUCUUUUUUUCUUAAAAGAUUAGUGAUUAUUUGGUUAUCUGCACACCUGAUGCAGCCCAUCAAGGACCACAAGAUUAAACAUUUAAAGAAAUCAAAAGGAAAAGCUCUCCCAUACUAACUUCCUUUAUCUAUUUGUUUAAUUCUUGCUAAUUUCCUGACCAAUGAUUUGUUGUUAAGACCAUUAAAAGCUUGCCAUUUUGGGCUUGGCCCAUUUUUUUAUUUUGCCCAGGAGCAUAUAUAUAUAAUAUAUAUAUAUAAAUAUAUAUAUAUAUAUAUAUUACACACACACGCACAUAAUUCUGUUGUUGUUUAUGUUUUUGUGAUGUUACGCACAAGUACCUAACAAUCCCUGUUGUUCAACACAUUUUCCUCUGUUCUAAAAAGGAGCUGCCAGCAUUCUUACACGAUAAUACAUAGUCGCUAUUUUUAUAUUAAACUAAAUGGUUCACAA